AUAACCGUCUCCUCCUCGCGUCGAUGCGUGGCGUUUUGAGCGCGACGAAUGCGUUUGUUCUGUUCCAGAAAACGCAAGGCUGGCGCCGACAUUUAAACGGGAUUUUUUACAAAACCGUACGUCGUUAUCGUUAGCCGACGCUAGCUAGCUAGCUCACUCAGCACGGAGGGGGGAGGCGCUCCUAACGACGGCCAUCACGAAGGCUUUUGUGGCUGAAUCCUUUCUUAAACGAUCGGGAGACUGCGUUCGGGUCUUUUUGGCUACUGUGUAUGAAUACGGAUUUUAUUAUAGUGAUAGAUAUUUUAGUAGAGGCCAUAAAUCGACCAAGGAACAGCGAGGGACACAACGUUGUCCGAUUGCAAAGGCUGGGGCGAGGGCGCCAGCGAGUAGCUCGGCUGGCCAGCUAACGUUAGCAAACUGGUUUCAGUCGGGCUCGCAGAUCUGGGGCGCUCAGGCCGAGCCUGUCUAGCGCGACGCAAACGGCACCUAUGUACUGGUGAGACGGCAUCAGCCUUUCUCCCACGAUGCUGGUCGACGGCAACUAUCUAGCUGUGCAAGACAUAUGAGAGUUAACCACCGAAAACGAGGUUUGGUUAGCAUCCAAACGUCAAAAGGAAUAGCUGCGGGGCGCAAGUUUUAAUGCUAGAUGAGUGAGGUGGGUGUGGCUUCCCACCAGACCGACCAUCCUGACUGACGGAUCUCUGGAUGACCUUGUCCCCACCCCUGUCCCUGCGCUCACAUACACCGUUCCCACAGCAAUGUCACAUCUGCCCAGCAGCUCAGUCCGCGACCAUAUGAAAUGGGCGGGGCUGCUUGGCUGUGAGGCUGUGCUUUCCAGUAUGGCCCUGAUGCAGGCCAGCUCCAUGGCCGGGCCACCUAAAAAAAUGAUGGCUCCACUUGGCCAUGCCCCACCCCAGAGAGAAGGCCCAGACCGUGGACCCCAGAGCCAUAUGAUUCUCCCGUCUGGAAUGAGCUGUCCACCCCUGCUUAUCCGGAAGGAAGGUGAAUUCCAAGCUCCCCGCCUGCUAGACGAGAAGGAGAUGAGAGCCAACGAGGACAUGCAGCUGAAAAAAAAGAACAGGAAGUCAGGAACGCCCUGUAAAGUGAGAGAACAAGAAGGAAGGGGAGGGAAGGGUACGGGUACAGAUGAGAAUGGUCCAUCAUCAAAAGUGCAGAAAAACUUCAUAUGUGAUCACUGUUACGGAGCAUUUAGGAGUGGAUACCACCUCAAAAGACACAUCCUCAUUCAUACAGGAGAGAAGCCGUAUGCUUGUGCCAUAUGUGACAUGAGGUUUAUUCAGCGUUACCACCUGGAGAGACACAGCCUCAUUCACACGGGGGUGAAGCCGUACGCUUGUUCCAUGUGUGACAUGAGGUUUUUCCAGCGUUACCACCUGGAGAGACACAGCCUCACUCAUACGGGGGUGAAGCCGUACGCUUGCUCCAUGUGUGACAUGAGGUUCUUCCAACGCUACCAUCUGGCGAGACACAGCCUCACUCAUACUGGGGUGAAGCCAUACGCUUGCUCCAUGUGUGACAUGAGGUUUUUCCAACGCUACCACUUGGCAAGACACAGCCUUACUCACACGGGGGUGAAGCCAUAUGCUUGCUCCAUGUGUGACAUGAGAUUUUUCCAGAGAUACCACCUGGCAAGACACAGCCUCACCCAUACGGGGGUGAAGCCAUACGCUUGCUCCAUGUGUGACAUGAGGUUCUUCCAGCGUUACCAUUUGGCAAGACACAGCCUCACUCAUACUGGGGUGAAGCCGUACGCUUGUACUAUGUGUGACAUGAGAUUCAUUCAGCGCUACCAACUGGAGAGACACAGUCUCACGCAUACAGGGGUGAAGCCGUACGCUUGCACCAUGUGUGACAAGAGGUUUUUUCAGCGCUACCACCUGGCGAGACACAGCCUCACUCAUAUGGGUGUGAAACCGUAUGCUUGCACCAUGUGCGACAUGAGAUUUUUUCAGCGUUACCACCUGGCAAGACACAGCCUCACUCAUACGGGUGUGAAACCUUACGCAUGUACCAUGUGCGACAAGAGAUUUUUUCAGCGCUACCACCUGGCAAGACACAGCCUCACACAUAUGGGUGUGAAACCUUUUGCUUGUACCAUGUGUGACAUGAGGUUUGUUCAACGUUACCACCUGGCAAGGCACAGCCUCACUCAUACGGGGGUGAAGCCGUAUGCUUGUUCCAUGUGUGACAUGAGGUUUAUUCAGCGUAACCACCUGGAGAGACACAGCCUUACUCACACGGGAGAGAAGCCAUUUGCUUGUGACAUGUGUGAUAUGAGGUUUAUCCAGCGCUACCACCUGGAGAGACACAAGCGUGUCCAUAGCGGGGAGAAGCCCUACCAGUGUGAACGGUGCCAGCAGAACUUUUCACGGACAGACCGACUCCUGAGGCAUCGACGGUUGUGCCAGGGUCGCGGCGUCGCCAAGGUGGAGAACCAGCCGUGCUGUGAACCACGCACAUACUCCCAGGAGCCCCCUCCUGCCCCCCCGACCUGGAGUCCUUUGCAUCCUCCUCCAGGUCGGCUGGCUGUCUGACAUUCCACCUUAAAAUCACCUGCAACAUGGCCAGAGAUAGCCUGGAUGAGCCACAGGGUCUUCUUCUCAAAUCUGUGCUCAGUGGUGUCACACACUGGUACAGGGUGAUCUUGCAGCUCCAGUCUUGGGAUAACUAACACAGAGGGACAUUUGUGUUUUAGUUUUGUUGUCUUCUUACUGUAUUGUUUAUUUUUUUCUCCUUUUUCUUUUUAAAGAACAAGACUUUUCCGGGAUAAACAGUGGUCCUGUUUUGUACUUAAUCUAUUUGAUUUUUGCUAAAUGUUUUUAUUGUUGUUCAGAUAUAUCUGCUUUUUUGGUGGUACUUUGGGAAAGGGCAGUUGGUAAUGUUCAUCCCGACAACUUGGUUAAAAAAAGAAUUGGAUUUUACGUGUGGUUGUACAUAGCGUAAAGGAAAAGAACCUCCUGUUACUUCAGAAUGAGUACACCAGUUGUGAACAUGUCUGGAGCAGAUAUUGCUUUUCAGGUCCGAGGUUUAGUGUUGGGCGUGGUGGAAGCAAGCUGACCAUGACAUCUAGACACCCCAUGUACGUGUUGACCUUCAGGUCAUUCACAGAUCAGCUCUUAGCUGGAGGUCCUUGCUUGUGUUGUAUCAUCUCUCAGAUGUGCGUCGCUGGGGAGAAAAGCGUCUGCUAAAUGAAACUGUAACAUCGGAGACUGGAGAGCAAUAUCUGGUCUUGGUCAGAUCUGAAGGACGUAUUCAUGGGCAGACACACAAACUACAGGUUUUAUUUCGUAGGUAUGUAAGCAGUAAAGUUUCUGUCACUAUAUAUUACAUCCGAGGACACUCGACCUGAUGAUGAUGAUGAUGAUGAUGAUAUUGAUAUUGUAGUGGUCUAAAAUUUUCUGUUGGAAAAUUGCCCUAAAGGAAGUGCAUUUUAGCAGGGGGCUGAAAUGCCGUUCCACGCCACUUGAAUGCAAAACAGCAUCAACUUGAGGACGCAACAUGAUGUCAUUUGUGAAAAGGAGAAAAAAAGUAACGUCAAACGGCACUACACAACAGUAAAAACACAACUUCCAAAAGUGAGUGACAUGAGUACAAUGCACGGUUGACUCUAACUUUACUCUGGGUCAAGGGCGAAGAGUCAGGGUCACGGGAGUGUCCCCGCAGUGUUUGUCACCGUGUUGUGUGUCUUGUGUGAUGUGCUGAUGACUCAGGAAAUGGCACAAAGUCCACCCCACCCCCCCACCCUGACCCAGACAGAGCUAGGCUAUGAAACUCAGAAACCGUGUAUGUACAGAGAUCUGAAGUACCACAGCCAGGUCCUUGUCUCUCCUGAACUCCCCUUUGUCCAUAGCUCUUGGUUGUAAAGUUGCGCAGGUUGGCCGCUUCAGCACAUCCCAUUACAUUGUCUGUACAGUCUCACGUCAUGGGAUUAGUGGGGUAUAUGAAACUCUUGUGGCCUUAGUGUGCUUAUGUUAUUUCUUAAUUCAUUUGCCUUUUUAUUUACUAAUUGUUUAUUAUCGUGGGUCAGAGAUAUUUACUAAGAUGAGACACAGCCUUUUAUCAUCGAGGUGUUUCCCCCUACAGUAGUCACCCCAGUAGAAUGUUGAUUGCUUCAAUGGCACUAAAACAGACUAAAAAGUCCCCGCAGUUGGGGAAUUUGUUUUAUUAUAUUGAAUAUUUUGGGUUAUUGUUACCGAUUUUUAUCAUAACCGUUCUAUAAUCAUUCAGGAGCCGCGGGAGUUUGACAGUUCCUUGUGAAAAGUCAGUCAUGCUAACUUGUCUCCCGCCGCGCCGCGUGGACGGCCGCAGGUUGUAGCAGAGUCAACGUUUGCUUGGCUCUGCUACACACUAACCAUUGCCUUUCUUAUCCAGAUACUAUGUGGUUGGUGUGUAUAAUGGAUGUCUAUUAUGUUAUCAGGCUUAACCUUAAAUAAGUGCAGACAAACAAAUAAUCAUUGUAGUGCUACAUGAUAUUGUAUUGAACGACUUCCUUUUACGUGAGAUGAACCUAGACCACACCGUGUCGGAGUCUGGUGGGCAGGGCUGUGUGGGAGUAAAUCAGCUGAGGAGACCCCUUCUGUUGCCCAUCCAACUUCUCAGACGUGAUCCUUCUGUUCUCGUGAGGUUCAUGUAUACACUGUAAACUACAGGACGGGUGGGCUGAUAAACACUCAGCCAGGUCUCCCUCCCCAUUGAGGUGUUAGUUGAUCCUAGGCUUUGACUCAUCUACAUUUUUGGAUUUUGGCCUCGCGUGUCGAAAAGAGUUUCUGAGUUUGUUUGCGUAGAUGUGUCGGCUCAGUAGUGCCGCGCCCUCAGCUCAUACCGGCCACUGGCUGUUGGCCGUUGCAGACUUGCAAACUUUGGUCAGAGGUGAGAGAGCGCCAGCGACUGUGGCUGGCAGGGAAUGGAGGGUGGUUUCAGGUGGUCAUGGUGAGGUUUUAAGUUCUAGCACUGUACGUGUGUCCAAUGUGGAGAUAUUUAAAUGUGAGCUGCCAGACUAACGUUGGUUUUACAGAUUCAUUCGUAGAGCAUUGCAAGGUUGUUGGUUGCGAUGGCUCAGCAGUAAACCCUUGGUUCUCUUGUUGAGUGGUUUAUGUUGGGAAGUGGGAUCGCAUUGGGCCAUAACAUUAACAUGUCAUGAAGAUGAGUGACCGCUGCCUUGUACGGCUUUCUGAUGUCAGGUUAUCGAUCGUGUUCACUGAAACCUGACGAGCAUACCGCCAGUCAGGCUUGGAGGGUUAGAGAUCUCCUGUUGGGCUCACUGUAGUUGAUGGAGCUGAGCGACUGAACGGGCCAGUGAAGGGUCGGGUUUGAUAAACGUCACCGUCAUCCUGGCAAACCCGAUCGUACCGCUGCAGAAGGGACAUGGCCCGCUAGCAGGGUGAUAGCAGAGCGGCUAACUUCACCUGUCAAAUCCCCAACAGUUUUUUACUUUGACUUUUCAUUGUUUAAAUGCAAUAGAAUCCUGUGUCUGAUCAUUUGUUUAUAAAACUGAGAUUUAAUUUUUCAGACGAAGGAUUGGGUUGUCUGAGAAGUUCUCCAUCACAUUCUGAUGAUUGUUUCAAGGACCUUUUUUAUUCUGAUAAAAUUGUAAACACUGGAGUGAAAGGAAAAAAAGAAGAAAAGACAAAAAAAGAUACGGAUAUUUUUCCUUCAAACUGUACUAGAUUUUAGGUUUUAGACAGAGCCUAUUUCUCCUCAACUUGCCAGAGAAGAUGGACAGAACAAUUUGGAUCAGUACAGUUGAGAGCCCAGUAUGUUCAAUAAUUUUGAUAUUAGAGGCAGUAGUACCGCAAUAAAAUUGUUUUUCGUUAUACAAAGUCCCUGGUAUUCGUAGUGAAUUAUAUUGAUAAUGGUCUUAGAUAAGCAGCAGCAUAACAGUAGCUAUCACAGAUUAGUUGUUUUCUUUAUUAGUCUUGCAUGCCGAGUUAUGGUCCUCAGUUAAGAUAGGAUCUUGAUAUUGAUUAUUUUGUGUAGGCAAAAAUGAGUGCAUAAAAAAUGACUUCCUAAACGAUGUUACAUUGAUUAUUGUAAAGAUGGGCUGACUAAUAUGUACCCUUGUGAUCCAACUAGUUUCAACUGUAUGACUUGAGAGGAGAGGCUUCUUACUAUUAUGCUGAAAUAAAAUAAUUUGUAA